CGCUCCAAAUACCGGUACACAGCCUACAUAUGAACGAUAUUUUAUAGCGAUCUGAUAUAAUUUUGAAUCAGGUAUCGCCUUGGUUUGUGUUGAUUAUGACGGUAUUGAUAUUAUACGUGAGUAAAUAUUCGUAUAAUGUCAAGUGAAUGUUUCGUCUUUCGGUUUUAAGUAAUGCGCCACCCCUGCGAACAUUCCAACUGUGGUGUCAUCCGUGACUAGGCCUAUGCAGUAGGGAGUUGUUUGGAGGACCCCCCCCACUCGGCUGUAAAGAUACGGCCUUCGGGGCGUGGUACACAACACGAAAAAAAGAAAGAAAAAAAGAGCCGGAGACGGAAGGAGAGCUUCAGUCAAUUCUGGCUGACCGCGGCUGAGCUUAUGAUGCCGACGUUGCGGGACAGCACCAUGUCCCACCCCGGCGAGAAUUCCCAUCAAGUCCGGGUGAAAGCCUACUACAAAGGGGACAUCAUGAUCACCCACUUUGAGCCGUCCAUCUCGUACGAGGGCCUGCACGGCGAAGUGCGAGACAUGUGCUCCAUGGACAACGACCAGCUCUUCACCAUGAAGUGGAUUGACGAGGAAGGUGACCCGUGCACUUUAUCUUCUCAGCUGGAGCUGGAAGAAGCACUGCGCCUCUAUGAACUCAACAAGGACUCUGAGCUCAUCGUUCACGUGUUCCCAUGUAUACCAGAGAAACCCGGCAUGCCAUGUCCUGGAGAAGACAAGUCCAUCUAUCGGCGGGGAGCGCGGCGCUGGAGGAAGCUCUACUUCGCUAGCGGCCACUCCUUUCAGGCCAAACGCUUCAACAGGAGAGCGCAUUGCGCCAUCUGCACGGACCGCAUCUGGGGUCUCGGCCGACAGGGCUACAAGUGCAUCAACUGCAAACUGCUGGUGCACAAGAAGUGCCACAAGAUGGUCACUGUGGAAUGCGGCCGGCCCAUCAUACAGGAGCCAAUUAUGCCCGGUCAACCACCCAGCAGUCAUUUAGACCCAUCGGAACAGUCAGGCCCCCAGAAUAAAGACUCCAGAGAAAGCUUGACUUACGAUGGAGAGGAGAAAGAGGCGCGGAACAGCCGCGACACGGGGAAGUCACCCUCCAGCCUGGGCUUGGCCGACUUCGACCUGCUGCGGGUGAUCGGCCGAGGCAGCUACGCCAAAGUGCUGCUUGUGCAGUUGAAGAAGACCGAGCGCAUCUACGCCAUGAAGGUGGUCAAGAAGGAGCUGGUCAACGAUGACGAGGACAUCGACUGGGUCCAGACGGAAAAACACGUCUUUGAGCAAGCAUCCAAUCAUCCCUUCCUGGUGGGCCUGCACUCCUGCUUCCAGACAGAAAGCAGACUCUUCUUUGUUAUUGAAUAUGUGAAUGGCGGCGACCUCAUGUUUCACAUGCAGAGACAACGGAAGCUUCCAGAAGAGCACGCCAGAUUCUAUUCUGCUGAAAUCAGUCUGGCGCUCAACUACCUUCACGAGCGCGGCAUCAUCUACAGAGAUCUCAAACUCGACAACGUGCUGCUCGACUCCGAGGGACACAUCAAACUCACAGACUACGGCAUGUGCAAGGAGGGCUUGAGACCCGGCGAUACGACGAGCACUUUCUGCGGCACCCCGAACUACAUCGCUCCCGAAAUACUCCGAGGAGAAGAUUACGGCUUCAGCGUGGACUGGUGGGCGCUUGGCGUGCUGAUGUUUGAGAUGAUGGCGGGCCGGUCGCCCUUCGACAUUGUGGGAAGCUCCGACAAUCCCGACCAGAACACAGAAGACUACCUCUUCCAAGUCAUAUUGGAAAAACAGAUCCGAAUUCCCCGCUCACUGUCGGUCAAAGCUGCGAGCGUCCUGAAGGGAUUCCUCAACAAGGAUCCCAAGGAGCGUCUGGGCUGCCACCCUCAAACAGGCUUUGCUGACAUCAUGGGCCAUCCCUUCUUCAGAAACGUCGACUGGGACCUCCUGGAGCAAAAGCAGGUGGUCCCUCCCUUUAAGCCCAACAUCUCAGGUGAAUUCGGCCUGGACAACUUUGACGCACAGUUCACCAACGAGCCCAUCCAGCUGACGCCUGACGACGACGACGUGGUGAAGAAGAUCGAUCAGUCCGAGUUUGAGGGCUUCGAGUACAUCAACCCGCUGCUGAUGUCUGCUGAGGAGUGUGUAUGAAGGGAGUCACACGCACACACAGUUACACACAGUUACACACGUGCCAGUGUCUUCACGUUACGAGGCGACCCGACGGUAUCGUCGUCAUUCGUAGUUUUUGUCGUUUGCCAAAGGCGACCCGACGAUAUCAUCAUUCAUAGUUUUUGUUGUUGCCAAAGGCAGUUUCGCACUCUGCCAGUUUGGACCACUUGUCCUUAAGUCUUCUUUUUAUGAAUUAUUUUUAUAUGUUGUCGAUAUAAAAAUACAAAUGUAAAAAUAUUCAACUGCACUGAUAUCUUUGUGUCAUCGGGGGCCUCUCUACCAAGUUCUUCCAAGGUACUUACUGUACACAGACUCAUUUGAAUGGGAUCUACAAAACUGCUGUUGAUUAACAUUUAGCCCCCUUUGUAUUUUUUAAAGCUCGUUCAUCACGCCUCUUUCUCAAAACUCUAAAUAUGGAAAAACGAUAUAUAUUUUUUUAUUUAACUACAGACGUGUGUUGUCCGUGUGCAGCCUGAGGAUCGGAACUGGAGUUGAGUCAGCUAAAAUACUGUGAACAAACGUAGCGCAUUAGUCAGACUUCAACAGUCACCCACGACCCAAAAAAUAAACCCCCACAUUUCUGGUACCUGUACAUCUAAAAAAAAAUGAGUGUAUCUUCUCAAAUAGUGGCUGUUUGCCACCUAGAAAAUAAAUAUAAAUAAGCACCUACCACCAAAAACAGUCUAUCAAAAAAGUGUGGAUAAUAAUGAUAUUCUGUCAAGAAGGAAAGAAGAAUUAGGUAACUUUAAAAUCAUUGACUAAAUCUGUUGCGAACCAAAACAGCAACACUGACAGAGUCACGUAAACAAAGUCUUAGGAUGAAUUGAACUUUUGUCUGUGCUUGUUUAGUGCAUCGUCUCGGUUCUCUGGAUGGAUGUCAUGAUUUUAUUUAUUUUUUUAGCUCCCGUUUAACGUAACAUAAUUUCGACUUGACUUUGAAGGCCACCAUUUUGUGAAAUACGCAAAUAUCCCAUCUUGUGCUGGUCUGUUUGUGUCCCCCCCUCUUAUUACUUCAUUCCACGUAAAAGAUCAACAGGUUGAAGCACAGUUGAGGCUUUAGAACUGUUCUAUUUUCUUACAACACAAUCCUGUAGAUUAUUUUCUGAAUGAUUCCACUAAUUUAAAACACUAAGCGAAAUCCUGUGAGAAACAUAUUCUGUUACCUUUGUUUAUUUUUUUUUAUUGUUACUACUUUUUAUUAUUUGUAAUCAUCAGAUUGAGUAUGAAAUGUUACUGGGUGUGUUUUGGAAAGCACCCGCAGAACUCUGUUGACAUUUUAUUAUUGUGCAAGAGGAAAACAGUCAAAUAAACAUUUUAUUUCUCCUUGUGGUAAAAAAAAAAGUUGCCAUUUUGUA